AAAUUUUAUCUGAAUUUUUCAAAUUUUUAUUUUAUUUUCCUGAGGAAUUUAGAAAAAAUCGUUUGGCAUUUGCUGCAGGAGUAUUUGUGACUAGAUAACACAAUGUCAAAGAAAGGAGAGGAGUAUAUGUCAGCGGAGGAGCUGAGAAAUCGCCUUUACCACAGUCUUCGUGACAAGGGACUUGUCAAUUCAAUGAAGAGUCAGCUAAGAACAAGUCUAGUCAGUGAGCUGAAAAGGUCAGUGCAUGGUAAAUUGUCAAUAGAAGAUUUAGAAGUGCCAGAGUCUGGCUCGUUGAUACAUCGUGCCUCAAACUCGCUGGUUGCUGAUCAUCUUCACAGCUGUAAAUAUGACUACACAUUCAGUGUGUUCCUUCCAGAGUGUGGUAUUGAGAAGUCAAAGAUGUUAUCAAAUGAAGAUAUUUUACAACUGCUGAAAAUCAGCCCUCAGUCCAGACUCUUCAAGAAAAUGACUGUAGAUCAUCCAGGCAAGUCAAGGAAAGGGUUUCUAUGGCAACUACUGACUGAACUUUGUUCCUUACACAGUCAGUCAAGUCAGUCAUCUGGCACACAGACAGAUCUUAUUAAAGUAGCUACCAUUUCUACACUAGAUGAGAAAAUGAAUGUACUUGAUGACCUAUUUAGUUCAAGGAGAGAGGAACAGUAUAGGACUGGGGCAACAGCUUUAGAGGACAGAUUGUUGAAGUUCCAAAGACAGCUUGAAGAAAGGUUCAAGUCAGAACUUAAACUUGAGGUAUCCAGAGUAAAAGAUGAUGAAGUUGCUAGGAUAAGACUAGAAGAAAAAGAAAACUUUAGAAGGGAACUGGACAAGGCUAGAAAAGAUUUGGAACGUACAUACCAGUCUAAAUUUGAUGCAUUAGUUGUAAGGGAGAGGCAUGCCACAGAACGGUUACAGAGAGAACAAGAGAUGCAAGAAAAAGAGAUAUAUAAUCAAAGGCAGUCUAUAUUAGAGGAGAUAGAGGCUGUAAGACAGAGGGAAUCUUCCAUCAAGAGGGAGACUGAAGUAUUUGGAAGGGAGAAGAACUUGGAUAAAGACAGGAUAAAGGCACUGGAACAAGAUGUGAGGCAUAGAGAAAUGGAAGUAACAAGGAAAGAAAGAGAGUUUGAUCAGCGAUUACAGAAUGAAAUGACAAAGUUUAAAGUUGAGUACCAGGCAAAGUUUCUGGAGAGAACACAGAAUAUAGAAAUAAGAGAAGGCACUUUAAGAGAGAAUGAGAAGAGGGUAUCAGAAGAUCAGAAUAAGAUAGAUUCUAUGAAGGAAGAUCUUAGAGAUAAAACUGCCAGAGUUAAUGAACUGGAGACAUUAUUACAAGAGGCAAGACAUAAAGAAGUUGGAGCUACAAAACAUAAUGAUUUCUUGAAUGCCAAGCUUAGGGAUAUGGCAGACUAUGCAGCUAUCAAAGACCAGAAUAUAACGUUCAGGACAGAGCUAGAUAACCUGAAAACGAGAAUGGCUGAAAUUAUGCAGUUAAAUGAGAGGGAAAGAAUACGUCAAGAAGAUUUACUAAGAGAAUUGAGGAGACCUACAGCCAUGCCAGAAUAUGUAGAUAGAAGUGAUUCGCCUAGACAUGACCGAUCAUCUUAUGAUCGUCGACGACCGCCAAGUGCUGGCAGAUAUGAUGAGAUGUUAGGUAGAGAUGAUAGAUUGAUGAGGCAAUUUGAAGCUCAGACAUUACAGAUGAAAGAAAUGGGACAGGAACUAGUAGAUGUGAAACAAACAUUACAAUAUACUCAAAAAGCUCUUCAUAACGAAGUGUACAGAAAACCUCAGGAUGUUGAUUCUUCAAGGCUUGUGUCUAUGAAUGUUUCUCGGAGGUCAAUGGGAGCAGCAGUCAGUGACAUUGACAGUGACCUUGAACUUUCACAUAAAGGUCGACGGAGAAGUCGUAGAAGUAGAACGCCACCUGGUGUGGAUAGAGAUGACGUAUAUAACGAUGUGGACCUUGAUGAAUUUAGUGCGCCAAUAAUCUCAACAGAUUUUAUGACGGAUGGGGAUGAAUCUUCCAAUAACUCUGCUAGCAUUAUUGCCAAUACUAAAUAUAGAUUGAAGAGUUUAGAAAAGGAGGCUCAGAACUUGGAGAAGGCGUACGUAGACUUUCACUACCAGUUAACAAACCCUUCCUCAAUACCUGACCCUACAAGACAUUCUUUCAGAAAAUCUCAAUCAGAAAAAUCUGCUAGUAAAGGUCAUCAUAUGCCAUCCCCAGCUGCCAGUCCAAUAUCUAAUGCAAGACCUUUAUCAUCCACCCCUUAUCAUCAAACUAAAACUACUACAGAAGAUGCUGAUGCCAGCACAGAUAGUUUAACAGAACUGAAGGGGUCAUCAUCUUAUAACAGAAAGAAACCAUCAGGACAAGAUUCUGUGCCAAAGUUUAGUCUCUCUGAUGUCUCUGAUGAUGAGCUAAAAAGUCAUGGAGAGCGUGUAGAGAAACCCCGUCCAAUAACUAUAGAUGACCUCGAGGCCCGGCCAGGCUCACCAAGUAUAAUGGUGGUUCAAGCAGAUGGUUCAAGUGAUGGUGGAAACUCAACAAAGGAAAAUGUGCCCCCAAGGACCAGUUCCAGUCAGCCUGUUGCAAGGGAAGUUACUCAACCUCCUUCCAAAUUACCUCCCUUAUCACUUGAUACUGCCUGGAAGGUACCUGCAUUAGAUGAUGCAUGGAAAACAGAGGAGCAAACAAAAGAAGAGAAACAAAGAGAACAGCAAAUUUGGGAGGAAGAACAGAGAAAGAAGGAAGAAGAUAGAAAGAAGAAGGAACAAGAGGCAUGGGAGAGGGAACAAAAAAUGUUAGAGCAGCUUCAAAGUGGACAAAAACUUGAGACGGAACCUAGUCCUGCUGAUGGUGAGGGUGAGAAAUCUGAGAAGUCAGAGGAGAUAGAUCCUGUUAUGAAAAAAUAUAUGGAACUUGUAUCCCAACAGAAAUCUGCACCAGCUAAACCUGAAAGACAAGAGUCUGAGCGUACUGCUUCCCAGGUAGAUGAAGAUAUCUCACUUACAGAGGAGGUGAAAAGUGAAAAUGAAGAAUCUGAUGAUUUUAACUGGUGAGAAGGACGGAGUUAACCAUGACAAUACAAGAACACAAUUUAACAAUAUUUGAGAAUCUACAUAGACAAAUAUGUUCCUUAUGAUAAUUGUGCUUAAAUUCACAUGCUUUAAAACUUUGUUAUUUUUGUAAAAUCUGAAAAAAUGAUAAAAUUAUUUUAAGAAAUGAAAAUAUGCAAUGUUUUCGUGUAUCUGUUUUGAAUUGGUAAAAACUGCAGAUGCUCAUCCGUUUAUUGCGCUUUCAGUGGAGUUAAUUUGAUAAAAUGUUCACAAAAUGUGUGCUUACUGAACAUAUAUAAUUAACUUGUUAGCACAAAAAGCAUUACCAUAUGUGACAGGGUCAUCAUAUUAACAAUAAUUUGUAUGAAAAUCGUGUCAAUAUUUGAUAUAACUUAUUUGUUGAUAAUAUGAUGGUGGAAAACAGUAACUAACUGUUAUAAGGAAAAUAAUUUACAGUCAAAAUGACUUAUUGAUACAGGCUUAAUGUAUAUGUAAAAAUGAGUAGUUUAAUUUAAUAAUGUCACAAAUUCUUUUCAUUUAUUCUUCAAAAAAGCUGUGAAUGAAAUCUGUCAUGGAGGAAAAAAAUAUUUAAAAAUUACUGAAACCACAUCUUUAUAAGAUUUAUUGAUGAAAAAAAAUCAAUUUAACUUGUUUUUCAAUUUAAGAGUAUAAAAAUCACUUUUAAAGUUUCAAGAUUUUUCAAUCAAUUUUAAUAUUGGAAGAAAAAUCACUCUCUUUCAUUUCAAAAUGCAAAACCUGAGGGGUUUUUUGUUUGUUUUGGUUUAUUGAUUUUCACAAAACUUGUAUGAAGAAACUUCCUGAAAUUCUUGUGUUUUUUUAAGUGAUAUGUGAUCAAUCAUUUCUAAGCUGUCUUUAGUUGUUGUAUUUUUUUUAUUAUUGUUUCCUUAUAAUCAGCGGGGGUUUUUCCAUGUAGAGGAAACAAACAAAAAAACAACAUUAUUUUAUGAGAAACAAUGUUCUUGAAAGUAAAAAGCUUCUUUAAAUGAUUUAAAAGAAAACUUAACGCAAAGAAACAAGACAAAAAUAUAUAUAUGUAAAUUUUUUUACCUAACAUGCUUUGCUUGUAAUGAAUAUAUGAUAACAUUGGUUAUAGAAAUGGUACCCAUUUAAAUUAACAGAUUUAAGUGAAUUUUGAGUGAGGAAAAUUAGAAAUAGUUAUUUAACUGUCUUUUUUUCUGUCUUUCCACCCUUUUCCAGAUUUUUUUCCCUAAUGUUUCGAAACAAAUGGUAAAUUAUGAGUUUCAGGAAUUUGCAUCUGGAGUUUAGUUUAAGCUUAGAUAUUUAGAAGAUAAUGUAAAAUUACUUUGACAUUAGAGAACAGGUGAUAAGAUGACUAAAUAGUAUUUUAGGUCACUCUAUUGCUAGUGUACAUGUAUUUUAUCAAUGUUGUGUAUUGUAUUUUAGCUUCAUCAAAGAUGUGCUAUUUUUUAUGCACGAACUAUGUUCUUAGAGUUUUAUGCAUUUUAUUUGUAUUUUAAGCAAUCUGUGAUCAUUAUCUUUAAAUAUUAUGUAAUUGCAAAAAAUACUUAUUAUGUUUAUUAUACACGAAAUAAAUAGUGAGCAAAAAUUGAAA